AUGUUGGGUGCUGUUCGUCGUCAGGGCCUUGCGCAGGCUCUCAGAGCCUGCGCUCCCCGAUCCAUCUCCGUCAGAGCAACACCGCAGGUGCUGAGAUGGCAACGACCGUCCGCGGCCACAUUUCCCUUUGCUAGUCGUUCGAUCUAUUCGUCGCCGUCUCUGCGAAAUGCUGCUUCCGGUUCUGGUGCCGCCGCGCAGGCGCAGGUGGAGGAACCAUUCGAACAAACCCAGGAUCGGAUCACCGAGUUUGAGGAUCUGGCAGCAAGGCAGUUGGUCAGCCCGAAGAUCAUCGACAAUAUUACGAAGGGGAUGAAUAUCAAGACUAUGACUGAAGUUCAGAGCUUGACAAUCAAUGAGACCCUUAAGGGCGAUGAUGUAUUGGCCCAGGCCAAAACUGGUACUGGAAAGACCCUUGCCUUCCUUGUUCCCGUCAUGCAGAACAUCCUGAAAGACAAGUCUCUCGAGAGACGCAGUUCCGACAGACGCGGCUUUGGCAGAUCGACGCCUACUGACAUCCGAGCCAUUAUCAUCUCCCCAACCCGUGAGCUUGCCGAACAAAUCGCAGUCGAGGCGCGCAAACUCGUCUCAAACACCGGUGUCGUCGUACAGACCGCAGUUGGAGGAACACAGAAGAGAGAGGGCCUGCGACGCAUCCAAUACCAAGGCUGCCAUGUUCUCAUCGGCACGCCAGGCCGUCUGAACGAUAUCCUCUCGGACCCUUUGAGCGGCGUCAAGGCCCCUAAACUGAGCGCUUUCGUCCUGGAUGAGGCUGAUCGUCUUCUGGAUGAUGGUUUCGCCCCGGCCAUCGAAGAAAUUCAGAAUCUUCUGCCAGACCCAAUGAACGUUGACCGCCAGACGCUCAUGUUUUCUGCGACUGUCCCGCGCGAAGUCAUGCGUAUGGUCCGUCGGACUAUGAAGCCUGACUUCAAAUUCGUCAAGACGAUUCCGGAUGACGAAGUGCCCACCCACAUGUCGGUUCCGCAGAAAGCGGUCUACCUCAACGGACUGGAGAAUAGCCUGCCUGCUGUGCUUGAGCUCGCGAAGAGCUACGUGGAGAAACAGAAGCAGGAUCCCAACCUGCGACCAUUCAAGGCAAUUGUCUACUUCAACUCCACGGCGCAGGUCAGUGUGGCAUACGAAUCCUUCGCCGGAUUGAGGAAUGACCCGAAUGACCGCCGAAGUGGCCACCCUCUUGGACGGAUGUUUUUCUACGAGAUUCACUCUCGUCUUACGCAGAGGAGACGUACUCAGUGUGCCGAUGACUUCCGCAGAUCGACGUCCGCUAUCUUGUUUUCGUCGGAUGUCACUGCUCGAGGAAUGGACUUCCCCGAUGUCACUCACGUUAUCCAGGUCGGUGUCCCGCGUGACCGCGAAACAUACAUCCACCGUCUUGGACGUACUGCCCGUGCGAACAAGACUGGAGAAGGCUGGAUCCUUAUCCACGAGGCAGAAGAAUCCGCUUUCCGCCAGAAGAUCGGUGAUCUGCCUAUCAAAGAGGAUACCAGUGUCUCUACUGCCGGUGUCAACAUGAGCAGAGAGAACCAGCAACUGCCUGAGGCGACUGCUGAGACUCUCUCUCAGGUCGGCGCUUCGAUGAAGACGAUCCCGUAUAAAACAAAGAGCGACUCGUACAGGGCACAGCUUGGUACACUCACUUCCGUCAUCCAGAGUCGGAGACUGAUGAUCAAAAUUCUCAACGACCUUGCUAAGUUCGGCUACGGUCUUAGCGAACCACCAGUUCUGUCCCCCAUGUUGGCCCGCAAGAUGAACCUGGAACUAGUUCCCGGUAUCAACAUUGGACAUGAAGACCCAGAGGAUGAUGGUGACGUACGCGGUGGGUCUCGUUUUGGCCGUGAUGGCAGAUCCUCUCGUUUCGACUCCGGCGACCGCAAAUUCGGCCGCGACGGAUUCUCCCGUCACGGAGGUCGCUCUGAUGGAGCACCCUGGGCAGGACGAGGCCGAACUAACCGCCGCUCGGACGACUUUUAG